CCCGCAACCGCCUACGGCACUCCCCAUUGGUUUUGAUGAGGACGUUCCUAUUCCCUACAUUGAUGAUUACUCCACGUCCUGCUCUUCGGAAUGUACUCUGCGUGAUACGCCCGAGCGUUCCCCCACUCCAAUGACCGCUUCGCGUUCGGUGAAGAGGGAGCGAUCGCAGUCGCAGUCCCUGCACGACUCUAACUCCGUCACUUCAUGUGACUCCGACGGCGAUGGCUUGCCACAAGCCAAGCGAAGGAGAGGUGGUUAUGUAUGCGGACUUGAUGGGUGCAAACGUGUGUGCGGCACUGCGGGCGACCUCCGGCGGCACCAUCAGUCGCUCCGGCAUGGGCCCCCCGAGUUUCGGUGUUUGGCUUGCAAGCAAACGUUCACGCGCCUUGACGCGCUCAGGCGCCAUCUUAAACUGAAAGCGGCUUGCAGACGGGUGCAUAAUCGCCUGGAAGCGCAAGCUGUUACUAUCAGCUAGGUCUGUUAUGAAAAGGUUUCGUUAUGUAUCCUUAUGCUUACUUAUAGUCUAACAUAUGAUAAUCUAUGUAAUUUAUGCUACGUUCUUGAAGUCCCAUUGUUGAAACGC